AUGGUGAAAUUGAAGUCCAGCAAGUCAAACAAACCAGAGGAUGUUGAAAUCCUCAAAUCAGACGUUGCCUCCUUCGCUUCCUCGCUCGGGUUAUCCACGUCACACUCCCAAUCAGGUUUCAACGAUGUCGAUUUCCGCAAAACUAAGACGAACAAGCCCCCAAAGAAGCAACAACCACCUGAAAAAGCCACACCCCAAAGCACCCAGAAGCCAAAGAACAAACCUUUGAGCAAAAACAAUGGACCCCACGAGAAGAACAACCCCAAACCUCAACCCAAACCGAAAUCCCCAGUUCUGUCACUGGAGAAUGGUUCCAGUAAGGAGAAGGGGUUCAACAAGUUCAGGAACCUGCCAAAGCUUCCUUUGAUGAAAGCAAGUGGUUUGGGAGUGUGGUUUGAGGACAUGGCGGAGUUGGAAAAGAAGGUGAUUGGGGAAGGGAAGAAGGUGGAGUUAACGGAUGCGGAAGGGUGGAAAGGGUUCGUGGAGAAGAAGAGGGAGUUGGGGGAGAGAUUGAUGGCACAAUAUGCUAAUGAUUAUGAGUCAUCGAGGGGGAAAAGUGGUGAUAUUAAGAUGUUGGUUUCAACGCAGAGGUCAGGGACUGCUGCUGAUAAAGUGUCUGCUUUUGCUGUGUUGGUGGGGGAUAAUCCAAUGGCAAAUUUGCGUUCUCUUGAUGCUCUUUUGGGAAUGGUGACAUCCAAGGUUGGAAAGCGCCAUGCCUUGACAGGUUUUGAAGCACUGCAAGAAUUAUUUAUUGCAAGCUUAUUACCAGAUCGUAAAUUGAAGACCUUGAUACAGCGACCCCUAAAGCAUCUUCCUGAAACUAAAGAUGGUUACUCUCUACUCCUUUUCUGGUAUUGGGAGGAGUGUUUGAAGCAGAGAUAUGAACGUUUUGUUACUGCCCUUGAAGAAGCAUCACGUGACAUGCUACCUGCUCUAAAAAACAAGGCAUUAAAGGCCAUAUAUGUGCUACUGAGUCGGAAAUCAGAACAAGAACGCAAACUACUUUCUGCACUUGUUAAUAAACUUGGGGAUCCAGAUAAUAAAGCAGCAUCUAAUGCUCACUUUCAUUUAUCCAACCUUUUGUCUGACCACCCAAAUAUGAAGGCUGUGGUUAUUGACGAGGUGGAUUCUUUUCUUUUCCGGCCCCAUUUAGGACCACGAUCACAGUACCAUGCUAUUAAUUUCUUGAGCCAAACCCGCCUAACAAAUAAAGGAGAUGGACCUAAAGUGGCAAAACGUCUUAUAGAUGUAUAUUUUGCGUUGUUUAAGGUUUUAAUCAUAGACGCAACCAGUAACCAGAAGCUUGAUAAAAGCGGCAAGGGCAAGGGAAAUGCAAAAGAGGGCAAGUCAAAAGACUUAUCAGAAUCACAUGUGGAAUUGGACUCUCGGCUUUUAUCAGUUCUCCUAACUGGCGUGAAUAGAGCGUUUCCUUAUGUCUCAAGUAAUGAAGCUGAUGACAUUGUUGAUGUCCAAACUCCAGUACUUUUCCAAUUGGUUCAUUCUAAGAAUUUUAAUGUAGGUGUUCAAGCUCUGAUGCUUCUGGAUAAGAUUUCUUCCAAAAAUCAGAUAGCCAGUGAUCGGUUUUACCGUGCUUUGUAUUCCAAACUUUUGCUUCCGGCUGCCAUGUAUACAUCCAAGGCAGAAAUGUUUAUUGCACUUCUUCUCCGAGCAAUGAAAAGGGAUGUUAAUUUAAAGCGUGUAGCAGCAUUUUCUAAACGUCUAUUGCAGAUUGCACUUCAGCAGCCACCACAGUAUGCCUGUGCUUGCCUUUUCCUUCUUUCCGAACUUCUUAAAGCCAGACCACCUUUAUGGAAUAUGGUGUUGCAGAAUGAGUCUCUAGAUGAGGAACUUGAACACUUUGAAGAUGUUAUAGAACCUGAUAAUGAACCCAGCUCUGUAUCAAGUAAACAAAAGGAUGAUGUUGCAGUUGCAAAGAAUGGCGAGGACCCCAAUGCUGAUGCCAGUUCUUCAGAGAGUGAAGAUGAUCUUCCUGCAGCUUCUGAAGAUGAUGAUUCUGAUGAUGAUGAUGAUGAUGGUUCAGGGGAUGCGGGAUUUCUUCUUGCAAAGGAUGAAACUGUUCAUAAGGAAUCAAAAAAAUCAAAAUCUGUAUCUAAUAGUGAAAGUCAACAGUCACAAUUAUCUGCUGAGAAGUCUUCCCUUCGUGGAGGCUACGAUCCACGACACAGAGAGCCUUCGUACUGCAAUGCAGACCAUGUAAGUUGGUGGGAGUUAAUGGUGCUUGCUUCACAUGCACACCCUUCAGUUUCUACCAUGGCAAAAACUCUUCUUUCCGGUGCCAAUAUUGUGUAUAAUGGAAAUCCAUUAAAUGAUCUCUCCAUGACAGCUUUCCUAGACAAAUUCAUGGAGAAAAAAGCCAAGCAAAGCACAUGGCAUGGUGGUUCUCAGAUUGAACCUGCCAAGCAGAUGGAUGUCAACAACCAAUUGAUUGGGGCAGAAAUUCUUUCACUAGCGGAGGCAGAUGUGCCCCCAGAGGAUCUUGUUUUCCACAAAUUCUACACAAACAAAAUGAGCUCCACUAAAUCGAAGAAAAAGAAAAAGAAGUCAGCUGAUGAGGAGGCAGCUGAGGAGUUGUUUGAUAUUGAUGAUGGUGAGGUUGAUGGUGGGGAUGAGAGUGAUAAUGAAGAGAUAGAGAAUCUGUUGGAUUCUACUGAUCCAUCUUUGGGACCAGACACUGACUAUGAUUAUGAUGAUUUGGAUGAAGUUGCCGGUGAGGACGAUGAGGACUUGAUUGGUGAUGUUAGUGACGGUGAGGUGGAUAUGGAUAUGGAUAUACCCUCUGAUAUAGGGGAGGAAGAGGCUGAUGCUCCAAUUGACGAUGUUGGCAGUGAUGAUGAUGAUGGCAUUGAUGAUAUUCAGAUUGGAGAUGUUGAUGAUGGCUCUGAUGGUGAUGAAGAGGAAGUUGGCAGAAGAAAACGAAAACAUAAAAGUGGUGGUAAGAAAGGCGUGUCUCCAUUUGCAAGUUAUGAAGAGUUUGAGCAUCUAAUGGAAGAUGACGACCACACAGAAAAAAGCUUCCCUUAAGAAAAACAAGUCAAACAAAUCUAAGAAAAGAAAAAAGUAAUCAGCUGCAUUGACCGAGACAACAGUUGGCUAUGACCAGAUUUUGAGAAUGCAUCAACAGUUUCCUUAUAACAAUUUUGAGAAAUUCCAUAUCAGGCUAGGUAGUAUCACCAUGUUAUUCUUGUAUUCUCUCAGUUUUGAUUGCUUCUAAAUUGUAUUGUUUGUGGCCUGUUUAAUUUAAUGGCCCUGUAUCAAUCUCUUUAUUUGGACGUUUCUCUCA